ACAGGCCAGUUCCCGCCAAUUUUUCUCCAUUGUUCUGUUGCUCAUUCGUCGUGUUUACUCCACUGUUGAACGGUUGGAAUUAUUAUUCGUUUUUAGCAGUAAGAUUUAUCCAUCAGAUAUUUAUUUCGAUUCGUCAUGGUGAUCGAGACGAAAUCACUGGAGAAAUUUCGCCUGAAGAAUGAGGACGGCGAGGUCCAGACGUUCGACAGAGGAAUUGCGGAGUCCAAACACUUCGCUGGAAGAUUCACUCAGCAGAGUCAACAUUUUUCCAAACAGUUUUUCCAUGUUUACGCGUGCAGGCUCGAGGAGCUCAGGGGAAUUCUCGUUGAGAAUGCUCGGAAGAAAUGGGGAGAGGACAUAAAAAUCCUGCGGCUCGCAGAGGUCGAGAAUUUCGAGAACGAGCGUUGCAUAAUAAUAGGGACCCUCUUCAAGCACCAAUUGUGGAAGCCCUCGAUCCUUCGUGAGCUGAGCGAGGACACCCAGGAGUCCGGGGUGAUCCCCGAGAAGCACGAGAACUACUGCAGCAACAAAGACGUUCCCUUCCUGGAGGACGAGAUGUUGAGGAUCAAAAUCGUGGGGCCUAAAGUGGAGAUAUCUGAUGUAGUAACUGGGAUAGUGGUGGCACUGCUCGGAAAGAAGUUGGAGGAAGGAACAUUCGAGGUUGAGGACUGGUGCUACCCAGGAUGCGCCCCCAAGGCUCCCCCGAAGGGUCCAAUCUCUGAAGGAAAGAUUCUUAUGGUCUCUGGACUGGAUUUAGCUCAUAAUUCAGACACUUUGGCCCUUGGACUCCUCACUGAGUGGAUCACAGGGAUGGCAGGGACUCUGCCAGCGCAGGAAGAGACAUCAUCGAUCGUGAAUUUGCUAAUCGCUGGGAACAGCGUGAAGGCCACCAGCUCAGACGGUCACACAACGACGAAGGGGCUCAUGACAAACAGAGCCCAGGAGUCUGCGGAGACCUCUGAGAUAGCUUCAGCAGUGAAGAAGCUCGACGAACUGCUGUCGGAAAUCCUGGAAGACUGCCCUGUGACCCUGAUGCCAGGCCAGCACGACCCCACGAACCUCAUGCUCCCCCAGAAGCCCCUCAAUCGGUUCAUGCUGCGCAAUGCCCACAAGUACGAGAACUUCAGGGGAGCUCACAAUCCCUGGCUGGGGAGCAUUGGCGGCAGGAUGAUUGCUGGGUCCAGUGGACAACCCGUCGAGGACAUCAUGAGGGUCUGUGGGGAGGAGAACAAGAGGACUCCUCUUGAGUGGCUUGGGAAGACUCUCGAGUGGAGGCAUUACUGUCCCACUGCACCGGACACUCUUCCCUCUUAUCCUUAUCAUGAGAAGGAUUUGUUCAUCAUGCAGGAGUGCCCAGAUGUCUAUUUCGUGGGGAAUACUGACAAGUUUGAGAGCAAAAUUUUCAAGGGUGAAAAUGGAGAGGAAGUUCGACUGGUUUCAGUGCCAAAAUUCUCAUCCACCAGUACAGCAGUUCUCCUGGACCUCAAAACCCUCGAAGCCAGUCCCAUCUGCUUUGGAAAUAAUUAAACCCCAUUCUUUCACUAUCAUACUCGAAUUACAUAAAAAAUACUCUUGAUACUUUUUUCAUUCCGUUUCUUGCAAUAAAAAGUCAUAUUUGAGAGCAAAAUUUUCUAGGGGUUUUAAUUCAAUUCCUGAAGUCGGUGGAAGGCUUCAUCCCAUGUUCAUGUAUUUUAUUACCAUUUAUAUUUAUACCCAAGUUACUUAAUAACUUGAGGCAGUUCUCCUAGACCUCAAAACCGUCGAAACCAGUCUUAUACUCAAAUUACACAAAGAAAAAAAAAUACUCUUGACUUGGCACUUUUUUUUUUAUUUCAGUGUUUGAUGAA